UUUAUUUUCCACACAAAAAAUACUAGUAAAGAAUUAAAUCCCUAUGACAUUAUAUUGUUACUUCACACUUCUUAGUAUCUUUUUCUUCGUGGUUGGAACAAGAUGUGUAUGUAUAUGUGUGUGUUUUGUGUGUAUGUGUAUGUGUAUCUCUUUUCUCUCUUUUUCUGUCGCCAAAAAGAAACAUGUUUAAAAUUUUCUCCCAGCAAGAACACGACCAUCCUCGAUCGCGCAGAGGGGGCCGUUUUCUCUCUGUAGACGGUUGUCGAUUUUCGUGGUCCCCCCUCGUGUGACGUAGCCAGCUUCGAAACGAAAGGGAAAAAAGGGUGCGACACACGAGCCUAGCCCCUUGGCAAAUGCGUGACGGGGUCCACCAACGAAAUUAUGGAUCGGACCUAGCCAUGCACGUCUGCGCAUGACCACCGCUAGAUCGCUCUGCCCUUCUUCAGCCCACUUUCCACUACAUUCCCGUGUAUCCAUACAUCUAACUGUGCAUCCUCCCUAUGACCACGUAUUUCACUAGCCUAGCUUUCUUCCCCUAGUUCCAUUUUAUUUCACGCGAUAUAAAUAACAACGUUACGCCGGAUAUCGUAUUGCGAUCGUAUUUAAAUUGGAACACUGGACACGUCACAAUAAUGGGUGAAAAGACAUUCAACCUUACGUGGAACAAUCACCUAGCCAACUUGUCUGGAUUAUUCGAAGGAUUGUACAAAAGUGGUUCCUUGACAGAUACAACGUUAGCUUGUCAAGAUGGAAUGUUGAGGGCGCAUAGAUUGGUCUUGGCCGCGUGUAGUCCUUACUUCGAAAGAGUCUUCAAAGAACAUUACGGUGAACAGCCAAUUCUUAUUUUAAAAGGUGUGGCAGUCGAAGAGAUGGAAUGUCUUCUGGACUUCAUGUAUCGCGGUUCGAUCGACGUUGCCGAGGAGCAUUUGCCCUCCUUGAUCAAGACCGCGACGGAUUUAGAGAUCCGUGGCCUUUCCGGUGAUCAGAGAAACCAAGAGAACAGUCGCAGCCCUUACACGAGGGUCGAGACGAGGAUGCAACGGUGUCACAUAGAAGCGAGGGUUCACACGACAGAGUAUAUGAAGGAGCCGUCCGUGAUUCCAUUCUUACCGAAACAGUCUUCCAUAGAGUCGUUAGAGGAUCACAUCAAGGUGGAAGAGAUCGAGGUGGAAGACGAUCCAAUGGUGAUCGACGGCCACGAGGAUGCGUUCGACGAACCGUUGCAUACCUCUGACACGCAAAUCAGACGUAUGCCGCCUCCUAUGUACAAACGAGAGACGAGGUUCAAAGGUCAGAAAAGAGUCUCCGUGGGACGUUCGACGAGGAACAAUGAUAUAUUGGAGUAUAGAUCGAAGGAUCGGGUCAUUUCGAAGGAAGAUUCGACGAGGGAGAGUUACGAGGAUUCGAGUGCGGUUAAAUGCGAGUCGAAUUUUAAUAACGCUUCCUCAGAUCCUACGGUACCGGAUAUACAGAUGAACGACGACUUACAAGAACGAGAUGAGAGUCUGGAUUCUUCGAAGAGUAUGGACGAUAAUUCGAGAUUAAGUGUGAAGAAAAAGGGCGAUAUAUCUACGAAGAGAUCAGUAUUGAACGAAGGGAAAGAGACGAGGCCGAUACAAACCAAGUCUGAAAAAGCUCAGUAUAAACCUUUUUCUUGCGAUCUUUGCACUUUGGCCUUUACGAGAGCUUCUCAUCUGGCUAGACACAGAAGGGUUCACACAGGUGAACGACCUUUUGCCUGUAGUAUUUGUCCACGAAUGUUUGCUAGGCAGGACAAGUUGAAGCAGCAUUUGGACUCGCAUUUACAAUGGCCAAAGAGAAAGAAUAACUUGUCGAGUUCCAGUUGUCAGUCGGUUUCCUCUGUACCUGGUAAAGCAAAAAGGGGUAGACCGAGAAAGGUAAAUUUAGAACAGUCAGCCAUGGAAGAAAUUUUAAAAUUUGGAGAAUUUAGUUCUUUGUUAAACAAAUCACAUUCUGCGAAUUCAGCAGAGAAGAAUGAAGAUUUAGCAUCCAUUGAAAAUGAAGGGAAACUCAAGGAACAAGAAGAAGACAUAGUGGAAGAAGGAAAUGAGAAUAAAGAUAAAGAUGCGAAUAAGGACAAAGACAAUUAUGGGUGUCAGGUAGAAAACGGUCAAGAUAUCGUUUAAAUAAUUUCUCAUUUCUUUUCGUAUUUCUAUAAAAAAUAUUUUUCUAUGGGUAAGAAAUCGUAAUAUGG